AGCCGCGCCGAGUGGCUGUGUGGGCCGCGACCGCGCUCGCGACUACCCCGCUCCCCGCGUCGAAACUAUCCACAACUUCUACAAACUCAAGCGCAAUGCAGCGCAUCAACCAAGUGGACUGGGGGCAAGUGAGGAGGGAUGGCUUCACCAUAUUCACCAAGCUGAUUCGAACCAAGGACCCCAACGAGGCCGAGCAAGACCAGCAGGUCGCUGUGCCCACGCGACAGCGGCUUUCGCGAUGCCUCUCGACCUUGGACCUGGUGUCGCUGGGCGUGGGGUCCUGCGUCGGCACCGGAAUGUACCUGGUGGCUGGCAUGGUGGCUCGCAAGUUCGCCGGCCCCGGCGUGGUGGUCAGCUUCAUCAUCGCCGCCAUCGCUAGCAUCUUCUCUGGGGCUUGCUACGCCGAGUUCGGAGUUCGAGUCCCUCACACGACCGGGUCCGCCUACAUGUACUCUUACGUCACUGUUGGAGAGUUCAUUGCCUUCAUCAUCGGCUGGAACAUGAUCUUGGAAUAUCUGAUCGGCACGAGUGCAUGCGCGCGCGCACUUAGCGCUUGCUUCGACACCAUCUUCAGCGGCGCCGUGUCGCGCUACCUGCGGGCCACCUUCGGAACUUUCUUCGGCAAACCCCCGGACUUCCUGGCCUUCUUCAUCACGAUCGGCAUGAUGUUCGUCCUGGUGGCCGGUGUGAAGAAGUCCCUCUUCUUCAACAACCUGCUCAACGCCAUCAACCUGUCUGUCUGGGUGUUCAUCGUGGCCGCUGGUCUCUUCUACAUCGAUACUAGCAACUGGACUCAGCAUGACGGGUUUCUGCCGUAUGGGUGGAGCGGGGUGUUCAGCGGCGCAGCAACCUGUUUCUACGCGUUCAUCGGCUUCGACAUCAUCGCGACGACCGGCGAGGAGGCCCACAACCCCAAGCGCUCCAUCCCGCUGUCCAUCGUCAUGAGCCUCGGGAUCAUCCUGCUGGCCUACGUGUCUAGCUCCAUGAUACUCACGCUUAUUGUGCCCUACGACGAAGUGGACACCGAGUCCGCCCUAGUCCAGAUGUUUGAUCAUGUUCACGCGCCGGUGUGCAAGUACAUCGUGGCGCUGGGCGCGGUGGCCGGCCUCACCGUGUCCAUGUUCGGCUCCAUGUUCCCCAUGCCGCGCGUCAUCUACGCCAUGGCUCAGGACGGGCUUAUCUUCAAGCGCCUGUCGACGAUCUGCGAGACGACUGGAACCCCCGCGUUCGCCACCAUCGGGGGAGGCCUGGCCGCCGCCGUGGUGGCUCUGCUGAUCCAGCUCGAGGUCCUGGUCGAGAUGAUGAGCAUUGGCACCCUCCUGGCCUACACACUAGUUUCAACCUGCGUGCUGGUGCUCCGCUACCAGCCCUACUCCAACAACCUCAUCGAGCUGCUGCCCCAGAACCUGCGCACCCCCGUGCCCGGCACCUCGCCCGGCACUAGCCGCGAGACUGGCUUCUCUGGCUUCCAAGGAGAGUUGUCCCGGAACAUCGUGACAUCGAACCAACGCGUGAUGGUGCGCCGAGUGACCCGGAGCUCACCCGACUCUGACGACACGAUGCCUGGUGACGAGAGCGAGGAGUACCGCGACGACACCUACCUGAUGGGCGACGACCGCACCGAGAACAAGUUUUACGUGGGCGCGGGGUCCACGGUCUCAGGCAACGCGUGCACCCGCCUGCUGAACAGCAUCAGCCAGCGGCUCCAGAUCUUCGCCUAUGUCUGCCCCGGAUGCUUCCCCUGGGUCGACCCUGGACCGGCCACUGAAUACUCAGGCCACUUCGUGAUCAAGAUGGUGGGUGUGCUCUACAUCCUCAUCAUCAUCUUCGACCUGUUCGCUGCGUACGGCUCCCCCGGCGAGUCUACCUUCUGCUCCACAUGUAUGCUGCUGCUGCUGAUCGCCAUCGUCACUAUUCUGCUCAUCAUAUCGAGGAAACCACAGAACCGCAACAAUUUGAUGUACACGACCCCCGGGCUCCCCUUCGUGCCGGCCAUCGCCAUCGGAGUUAACAUCUACCUGAUACUUAACCUGAGCAUCCUGACCCUCGUGCGUUUCACCCUGUGGAUGAUACUCGGCCUGAUAAUGUACUUCAAGUACGGCAUCAAGAACAGCACUCUCGAGACUGCCGCCGCGCAGCCGCCGCCGCCGCCGUCGCCUCAGCCAUCUGUCCUGGACCGCACCACCAUCCCUCCCGCCCCGCCCCGCGAGUCUCGCCCCGGACACGACCGCAACAUCUUUGAAGGCGACGGUGGCGCCAACCAGGGAUUGUACGCUAACACCACUACUGCUGCUACUACUUACAACGACCCGCUCCUGGCCUGGCACGAGAGCGAGAUGCAAGCUUCUUCUUCUUCUUCUUCACAGAACCGAGCCAACAACUACGUGGAGCAACGCUACAAUCAGCGCACCAACGCAACCACUUCGCACGUCAGCCGCCCGCCCUGGGCCUACCCCGACAACCAGCCCUACGGCUCCUGGGACGACUAAGUUAUUCAUUUUUUUACUUUUAGUUAUUAUUUAGAAAGCGAUUAAGGUUUGUAAUGAAGUAGCAGAGAAGCGCCAAAGACAAGAGCGCCGCGUGAAUGUAUUUGGAUAGGUUUUUGAAACAUCAUCAUCAAAAUUAUGUUUAGUUGUUUUGAAAAAUUUAAAUUUCAGAAGGUUAUGGACGGUGACAAAAUUAUAUUAUUAUGUUAAGACAAGGAAUAAAACUUACUUUAUUUAACAAAUAAUUGGUAUGCGGCGCUCAAAAUGUCAAUCAUAAAAAUAUCAUAAUACCGAACAUUUAUGAAGUAUCUUAUUUAUAUUCUUAAAUUGAUACUUGGACGACAGGGGCGCUUCUCUGACAUUCAUUUGGAACCUUGUCGCACUAGCUGCUACAGGACUGAUAGAUGUAGGAGAUAGCAGGAAAGGGAUACUGAAGAAAGAUAAUGUAGCAGGUUUCUUUUUUUACGGUUCAACCUUUGCAUACCUAGUGUUUUUUUU